GGAGUCGCUGGGGCAGAAGCCGCACUUGUUAGUGUUGGGGGAGGAGGGGGCCGGGGACGCCGACACCGUCAGCCGGCGACGCCGCGAAGGAGGCGGGAGGGGGGUGGGGGCGAAAGCAGGCUCCGACCCCCGGCCGAGGGGAUGAGGGGAGCAUGGGCGCCAAGGAGUCACGGAUCGGAUUCCUCAGCUACGAGGAGGCGCUGAGGAGAGUUACAGAUGUUGAGCUGAAACGACUCAAAGAUGCCUUCAAGAGGACCUGCGGCCUCUCCUAUUACAUGAGUCAGCACUGCUUCAUCAGGGAAGUGCUUGGGGAUGGAGUACCUCCUAAAGUUGCUGAGGUGAUUUACUGUUCUUUUGGUGGAACAUCCAAAGGGCUGCAUUUCAAUAACUUAAUAGUUGGACUCGUCCUCCUUACAAGAGGCAAAGAUGAAGAGAAAGCAAAAUAUAUUUUUAGUCUUUUUUCAAGUGAAUCCGGGAGCUAUGUUGUACGGGAAGAAAUGGAGAGAAUGCUCCAUGUGGUGGAUGGUAAAGUCCCAGAUACACUCAGGAAGUGUUUCUCAGAGGGUGAAAAGGUAAACUAUGAAAAAUUCAGAAAUUGGCUUCUUCUAAACAAAGAUGCUUUUACCUUCUCUCGCUGGCUGUUGUCUGGGGGUGUAUAUGUGACCCUCACUGAUGACAGUGACACUCCUACUUUCUACCAAACUCUGGCUGGAGUCACACAUUUGGAAGAGUCAGACAUCAUUGAUCUGGAGAAACGGUAUUGGCUACUGAAGGCCCAAUCCCGAACUGGACGUUUUGACUUAGAGACCUUUGGUCCAUUGGUUUCACCACCUAUUCGCCCUUCUCUGAGUGAAGGCUUAUUUAACGCUUUUGAUGAAAAUCGUGACAAUCACAUAGACUUCAAGGAGAUAUCUUGUGGGUUAUCAGCCUGCUGCAGGGGCCCCCUGGCUGAAAGACAAAAAUUUUGCUUCAAGGUGUUUGAUGUUGACCGUGAUGGAGUUCUCUCCAGGGUUGAACUGAAAGACAUGGUAGUUGCACUUUUGGAGGUCUGGAAAGAUAACCGCACUGAUGAUAUUCCUGAAUUGCAUAUGGAUUUGUCAGACAUUGUAGAAAGGAUAUUGAAUGCACAUGAUACCACAAAGAUGGGCCAUCUUACUCUCGAAGACUAUCAGAUAUGGAGUGUGAAAAAUGUUCUUGCCAAUGAGUUUUUGAAUCUCCUCUUCCAGGUAUGCCACAUAGUUCUGGGGUUAAGACCAGCUACUCCAGAAGAAGAAGGACAAAUUAUUAGAGGAUGGUUGGAACGAGAAAGCAGGUAUGGUCUGCAGCCAGGACACAAUUGGUUUAUCAUCUCCAUGCAGUGGUGGCAACAGUGGAAAGAAUAUGUCAAAUAUGAUGCCAGCCCUGUUGUAAUUGAGCCAUCAUCUGUUCUAAAUGGAGGAAAAUUUUCAUUUGGAACAGCAGCACAUCCUAUAGAGCAUGGAGAAGAUAGAAUCAGUAAUAACCUUGGUUAUAUGAAUACCACAGAAGAGAAAUACUCAGACAACAUUUCUUCUGCAUCUGAAGCCUCAGAGUCUACUGGCACUGGCUUUCUGUAUUCUGGCACACCAGGGGCAGAGAUGUGCUUUGCAAGGCAGCAUAACACUUCUGACAAUAACAACCAGUGUUUACUAGGAGCCAAUGGGAAUAUCCUUCUGCACCUUAGUCCUCAGAAGCCAGGAGCUAUUGAUAACCAGCCACUAGUGACUCAGGAACCAGUAAAGGCUACAUCAUUAACACUAGAAGGAGGACGAUUAAAACGAACUCCACAGCUAAUCCAUGGAAGAGAUUAUGAAAUGGUCCCAGAACCCGUGUGGAGAGCACUUUAUCAUUGGUAUGGAUCAAACCUGGCCCUUCCUAGACCAGUAAUCAAGAAUAGCAAAACGGACAUCCCAGAACUAGAAUUAUUUCCUCGCUAUCUUCUGUUCCUUCGACAGCAGCCUGCCACACGGACACAGCAGUCUAACAUCUGGGUGAAUAUGGGUACGAUGAGCCUGAGAAUGUUUCCUCAGCAUUUGCCUAGAGAUAACAUGAGAGGCAAGAUGCGUUGUUGCAUUUUUAGAAAUGUACCCUCUCCAAAUGCGCCUCUAAAGCGGGUGUUAGCCUAUACAGGCUGUUUUAGUAGAAUGCAAACCAUCAAGGAAAUUCAUGAAUAUCUGUCUCAAAGGCUUCGCAUUAAAGAGGAAGAUAUGCGGCUGUGGCUGUACAAUAGUGAGAACUACCUGACUCUUUUGGAUGAUGAGGAUCACAGAUUGGAAUAUUUGAAAAUCCAGGAUGAACAGCACCUGGUAAUUGAAGUUCGCAACAAAGAUAUGAGUUGGCCUGAAGAAAUGUCUUUUAUAGCAAACAGUAGCAAAAUAGAUAGACAUAAAGUUCCCACAGAAAAGGGCGCCACAGGUCUGAGUAACCUGGGAAACACGUGCUUCAUGAACUCAAGCAUCCAGUGUGUUAGUAAUACACAGCCACUGACACAGUACUUUAUCUCAGGGAGACAUCUUUAUGAACUCAACAGGACAAAUCCCAUUGGUAUGAAAGGCCAUAUGGCUAAAUGUUAUGGCGAUUUGGUGCAAGAACUUUGGAGUGGAACUCAGAAGAAUGUUGCCCCCUUAAAGCUCCGGUGGACCAUAGCAAAAUAUGCUCCCAGGUUUAAUGGAUUCCAGCAACAAGACUCCCAAGAACUUCUGGCUUUCCUCUUGGAUGGUCUUCACGAAGAUCUCAACCGAGUCCACGAGAAACCAUAUGUAGAACUAAAAGACAGUGACGGCCGACCCGACUGGGAAGUAGCUGCAGAGGCCUGGGACAAUCAUCUAAGGAGAAAUAGAUCAAUUGUUGUGGACUUGUUCCAUGGUCAGCUAAGAUCCCAAGUCAAAUGCAAGACAUGUGGGCAUAUAAGUGUCCGAUUCGACCCUUUUAAUUUUUUGUCUUUACCACUACCAAUGGACAGUUAUAUGCAUUUAGAAAUAACAGUAAUUAAAUUAGAUGGUACUACCCCCAUACGAUAUGGACUAAGACUGAAUAUGGAUGAAAAGUAUACAGGUUUGAAAAAGCAGCUGAGUGAUCUCUGUGGACUUAAAUCAGAACAAAUCCUUUUUGCAGAAGUGCAUAGUUCAAACAUAAAGAACUUCCCUCAGGACAACCAAAAAGUUCGACUCUCAGUGAGUGGAUUUUUGUGUGCGUUUGAAAUUCCUAUUCCUGCAUCUCCAGUUUCAGCUUGCAGUCCAAUUCAAACAGAUUGUUCUUCUUCUCCAUCUACAAAUGGACUGUUUACCUUGACUACCAAUGGGGAUCUGCCUCGACCUAUAUUCAUCCCCAAUGGGAUGCCAAAUACAGUUGUACCAUGUGGAACUGAGAAGAAUGUCACAAAUGGAAUAGUGAAUGGUCAUAUGCCACCUCUUCCUGAUGACCCCUUUACAGGCUACAUCAUUGCAGUCCACCGAAAAAUGAUGAGGACAGAACUGUAUUUCCUGUCAUCUCAGAAGAAUCGCCCCAGUCUCUUUGGGAUGCCACUAAUUGUUCCAUGUACUGUACACACCCGGAAAAAAGAUCUCUAUGAUGCAGUUUGGAUUCAAGUAUCUCGAUUAGCCAGUCCACUCCCACCUCAAGAAGCUAGCAACCAUGCACAGGAUUGUGAUGACAGCAUGGGCUAUCAAUAUCCAUUCACUCUCCGAGUUGUGCAGAAAGAUGGAAACUCCUGUGCCUGGUGUCCGUGGUAUAGAUUUUGCAGAGGCUGUAAAAUCGAUUGUGGAGAAGACAGAGCUUUCAUUGGAAAUGCCUGUAUUGCUGUGGAUUGGGACCCUACAGCCCUUCACCUCCGCUAUCAAACAUCACAGGAAAGAGUUGUAGAGGAGCAUGAAAGUGUGGAGCAGAGUCGGCGAGCACAAGCUGAGCCCAUCAACCUGGACAGCUGCCUCCGUGCCUUCACCAGUGAGGAGGAACUGGGGGAAAAUGAGAUGUACUACUGCUCAAAAUGUAAAACGCACUGUUUGGCAACCAAGAAGCUGGACCUCUGGAGGCUCCCUCCAGUCCUGAUUAUUCACCUUAAACGAUUUCAGUUUGUAAAUGGACGGUGGAUAAAAUCACAGAAAAUUGUUAAAUUUCCUCGUGAAAGUUUUGACCCUAGUGCUUUUUUAGUACCAAGAGACCCAACUCUUUGCCAGCAUAAACCACUCACACCCCAGGGGGAUGACUUCUCUGAGCUAAGGAUCCCAGCAGGAGAUGUGAAGAAAGUGGAUGUCCAGAGCUCGGCAGGGGAGGAAGAUGUGCUCCUGAGCAAGAGCCCAUCUUCACUCAGUGCAAAUGUCACCAGUAGCCCAAAAGGUUCACCUUCUUCAUCAAGAAAAAGUGGAGCCAGCUGUCCCUCCAGCAAAAAUAGCAGCCCUAACAGCAGCCCACGGACCUUGGGGAGGAACAAAGGGAGGCUCCGGCUGCCUCAAAUUGGCAGCAAAAAUAAAUUGUCCAACAGUAAGGAGAAUUUGGAUGCCAGCAAAGAGAAUGGGGCUGGGCAGAUCUGUGAGCUGGCUGACACCUUGAACCGAGGACAUGUAUUGGGAGGCAGCCAGCCUGAGCUGGUCACUCCUCUGGAUCAUGAGAUCACUUUGGCUAAUGGAUUUCUCUAUGAGCAUGAGGCAUGUGGCAAUGGCUAUAGCAAUGGUCAGCUUGGAAACCAUAGUGAAGAAGACAGCACUGAUGACCAAAGAGAAGAAACACACAGUAAACCUAUUUAUAAUCUAUAUGCAAUUUCGUGCCAUUCAGGAAUUCUGGGUGGGGGCCAUUACGUCACUUAUGCCAAAAACCCAAACUGCAAGUGGUACUGUUACAAUGACAGCAGCUGUAAGGAGCUUCACCCUGAUGAGAUAGACACCGACUCUGCCUACAUUCUUUUCUAUGAGCAGCAGGGGAUAGACUGUGCACAGUUUCUGCCAAAGACAGACGGCAAGAAGAUGGCAGACACGAGCAGCAUGGACGAAGACUUUGAGUCUGACUACAAGAAGUACUGUGUGCUACAGUAAAGCUACACUUGCGCUGCUACUGGGCUGCUGGGAAGGGAGGUGACCCCUUGUAGCUGGCAUUUGGUAGAACCAUCCCUGAAAAGCAGGCUACGUGUAGUUAUUUUAUCCUGUGACCUGAAGCACAAAAUAAAGUCCUAAUUAAAAUAGCAGUCAACUUUAAGAAUAGUAAUAAUUUUGUUUUGAAGUCUCUUACAAGCUGUCUGGUAGAGAACUUUCAGGCAGAUCCCACCAUUAGCCUGUAAACAAGAGGGUUUGGCACCAAUCACCUGGGACCAAUUAAGAAUUUAGUUGUGCUUGUCCAAAUAAUGAACAAACUUGUAGUGAGUAUAGAGUUUACCAAUAAUCAUAAUAGGAUACUAAGAAUUUCCUUGGAAUCAAAGUUAAAAACAAACAAACAAAAAAAACCAUAAUACCGUAAUGUUGUCUGGGGACAACAUGAUAUGCUACCUCCUUUUUCCUGAAGUUUCAUUCCGUUGUGUUACAAAUGGAGAAAGCAAGACCAUGCAGGAAUGCAAACAGUUCUUAGGUAUGGACACAAAGAGUUUUCAGUUUUUUGAACCAUUUCCCCUUUCUCUCUGUGUCUUUCUUGUUUUUUGUUCUUGUUGGUUUUGUGUUUGAAACAGUGAUUGGUGGCAGAGGCAUAUGACGGUCAGUCUGAACCGAAGAGUCUCUGAAGACUAUGUGCCUUCUACCCACACUCAGUUCUGAGAACCAGGAGAAAGGAAAGGCAGCCAUGGUGUCCAGCUCAGAUGGCCCUCCUGUAGAGGCGCACUGCUGGGUGUGGCAGCUGCCACAGAGUUUGCACCAUAGGUCCCAAGCUGAUGUUGCACACAGCUUCUAGGAAGGUAGGCGGCUGCAAAGCCAGAUUGUUUCCUGUUAGUGGUGGGAUUGUUUUCCCCUUUGUUUCUCGUUUUGCACUUUAAAAGAGAGAACACAUGCAAACAACUGUGCUUGUACUUUAAUGGCUCUAAGGGCUAUAAAUUAACUCCAUUAGCGUGUAAAAUUUAAAAACAAAAAUACAUCCAACAUUAAUAGUUCCUAAGAAUUAAGAAACUCUGGGUUUAGAAAGCAAACUCUAGUUGUUUGCCUGUCUGUUUCUUACCAACUUUUUUUUUUUUUUUUUUUUUGCACUGGUCAUCAGAAGUUUCUUUGCUCACUUUUUUUUUUCUAACUAUUCAAAACUGGAACAAAAGUAUAAAUGUUAUUUAUUUCCGGCAGCAUUUUUCCCUGUGUUGUGUUUUAGUAUAUAGUUAAAAGAAAUGUUCACCUAUUUUUGGUCCAUUAAAAAAAUUCAUCAAGACCCUGGGAAUUGAUUCUGGUUUGUUGUCAGGUCCUCUUACCCCCUUCGUCAUGGGUAGUAAAUACCAAUGUAGUUAGUGUUCAUGUUGUGAUAGCUGAGAGAAGUAACCGCCUAGUUCUCGGCAGAGUUGGAGCAGUUGUCUUAAACAACUGCCUAGGUUGACCCCCUUCCCAGAAGAGUGAGUAUACUUGAAAGGAGGGAGUGGCCUAAAGGAGUGAUGCAUAUGUCAUAGAUUCAAGGUUUUCAGUGUAUGAAAUCAUCCAGCCCUACCUGGACAAGUUCCAUGAAAAAGUAGAUUUUCAGUAAUUUCCUUACAGAUGUUUUAGUUGAACAGGUAGCACAAUCUACUAAUGUUGUUUGAUCUGUGUUUGUUAUAUUGGUUGUAAUUAAUUUUUUAAUUCAAGAACUAGCAGAAAAUUUAUUAAAUUAACUAUUAACGACAUUCACCUUGUAAAUUUCUGUAUAAAACUUGUUGACAAUGCACUGACUUUAGGAAGACAUUAAUGUACAUAGAGUGUAAAUAAGAAAGUGUUGAUGUACUGAAAUAUGAACUGUAUAAAAGUAUUGGUCAUUGUAUAUGGCGUGUACCUGUUUAUCUGUAACUAUUACCCAAACAAAUUAAAUACUGCAGAUGUCCAAUGUGGUUUUUCCUUGUACAAGUAAACACAAAAAGUCUGUUUCUUCA